UUUUCAAAAUUCACAAUAGUUAUUUUUCAUAACACGAUGGCUGGACGUAUAUUUUCCCAAAAUAUUCGUAAUUUUUCAAUAAAUUGUGCGAAGUUAACAAUUAAUAAAAAUGCAGUCGGUGGAUUAAGCCUUGUAGAAAAAGUAGCAGUAAGAAAUGAUGGCAAAGUCAUAGUUGCUUGGCAUCCCGAUGUACAAAUUCCUUACGAGUACACAAAACCCAUCCCACAAGCAGAGAAACUUGAUUCGGCUUCACUUAUUAAGGAGGCUUCCUUACAAACAGCUAUGAGCGCAUUUCGAAACAAACACCCCGAAGUUGCACGUCAAGAACUUAUGCAAUUAACACACACUACAAAGCACCGCUGGUUCCCACGUUCAAGAGACAAGAAAGCUAAGAAAACACCAAUGGAUCGGCCGUAUUUGUAAAGCAAAAUAUGAUAAAUAUUUAUUUUAUUCAAUAUCACUAACUAAAUAAACAUUAAAAUUAAAACUA